AUGGACGACAAGACCACCAAAGCCAGUGGAUUUUGGGGAGGCCUCUUGAGGCGAGGCAGUAGUGCAACUACGAAAGCCAAGACAAAAUCUAAUCCGCGCAGAGCAAAAGAUGCUGCCCCGCGGCCACGCCGCCCACCACCAGAGACCUCCGUCAUGGCCCGCCCACGCGAUGCCGAUGCGCGCCCGCGCAGACGGCGAGUUACCAGGUUCAGCGACGACAAUGACGCCGAAGCUUCUGUCUCCUCUGACGAGGAGUCGCCCCUGACGCCACUGACAGAGUGGCCGCCAACCGGGACAUCACCGCUGCACGAGCUGUCUCGCGACCAGGCGAUUGCGCUCAUUGGGCGCGGGGCACCCUCCCACAAGGGCUACCGGCGCGCCGUUCCACACGUUUCGCACGAAUUUUACGCACUCUACGCCGCGUCGUCGGGAAACAGCCGGGGCGACGGCGAGACCACGGACCGCGCCAAUCUGCAUGACGCCAUGGUUCAGCUCAUGACGUUCCGCAUGGCUGGGCCUGGGGAGAUAUCCUCGCCCUGGAGCACGUUGGAGCAGCCGAGCUGCGCGUACCAGUACGGUGCGCGGCCGGGCACCAUUACGCUGAAUCAUUGGGCGUCUAUGGUGUUUGAACGACUUCAGGAGCUGCAAAGUGAGCGCGAGGACCUCGACGAGGGUACGCUCUAUCGCACACUAUACAAAAAGAUAUUGCGCGAUCCAGAUCGGAUACUGAGUCCGCGAAAAAGCCUGGAAAAACAAAUUACUGAUCUUAUCAUGGCCCUGUCGCGACCGCAUUGGAUUGAUUUUACCGACCCCAAGAACCAAGUGGUUACGCGAUUCAUCUUUGACCCGUUUCCAGAGGACCACAACGAGUAUCUAGCCUUCUUUCACCAACUACUGCUCAGCAUCGAGCUGAAUGUGCGCAUACACAAUAAGCAGCACAGCGACUACGCCAAAGACAAGCUCCUACAGCAGAUCCCGCCAACAAUACGAUGGACUCUGGCGCUAGCGCGGCGCUGGAGCGAUUAUGUCCGAGUUGACCACUACGGCCCUACCGUUGAUGAUGUCAAGUUGCGAUUCAAGCUAAAAAAACGACAAAGCAAGAUGCUCAAAAAGUUUGCGACGACAUUGAAAUGGCCAAAUCUCGGCGAGACCCUCGACGCCGUAAAAAGAAUAGAAGACGAGCCGGCAUUUGAUGCGGCAAGCUCUGAUGCUUAUGCGUUCUUUAGCGGCCUCGUGCUUCCCGGACCGACAUUUCCAUUUCUCAUCAUGAAUACACUCAUUGACACGGACCCUGACGAGGCUACCAACGAGCUCGCCCUACUCACGCACCUGCAUCCAAACUGCGGCUUCCAGUAUCGUAGUAGCUACACGUACUGGACAACGAGCUGCAUUGUGGGGAAAGUGCUCGCCCCGACUUGCCAGGCGCUCGCAGGCUGGGUCGGACCGGUGUGUCCCACGGCAAAUCUUGGACGGUCACAGAUUGCGCGCAUCCGCGCCCGUAAACCUAAGCAGGUUCUGCAGCGCGAGGACGUCGAAAGCAUGGGCGAGAGAUCCGACCCUUUGGGCCCGCCGUCGGAGGUUUAUCCCGUAGAGGAAUACGUCCUUGUGACGCCAAACGCAAACCCAGGCACGCCGCCGGACACGGCCCGCGUAGAGCUGCUUACACUGCGCGAGGUACCGGUUCUGGACCCAACGCAGCCGCCGGCAGGUCCUAGGCUAUUUGACGCUACAAUACAAAUCGCCGUGGAUGGCGUGUCGUGGCCGCUGCGGCUCGCCUACGAUGUAUCGUUUGUGAAUGCCUGGCCCUGCUCUGAUGGGCCGCACCCGCUGUUUUUUGACUACAUCUACAAGCGAAUUUCUAUAGACCAGAUCCUGGGUGUCAGAGACUGGGCUGGCUUGUACAAGAAGACGGGCAGCGCACGGAGUGCACGCUCUACGCCUAUGCCCGUGGUCCACGGCGGCAAUAGCCACAACAGGGGUGCUAUAGCCCAAGAUAUCGAACAACAGGAGGAUGAGGAAGUGCUGGUUGUCGAGGCGUUUGGGGUUCCGGACCAUGAGGUGCUGGCCAGAGCAUGGUGUGCGCACUGGGGCGCGAGCGCUGUGGUGGCGGACGUGGGCAAGACUUGCAUGGCUUGCGCAAUUCGCGAAUGCUAUGCAGCGGCACUGACGGUGUUGAUACUGGUUGACGACGCAAGCAACCGCAACGGCGAGAUAUGA